ACAUCGCCAUCCUGGAAAGGAAAUAUCGCCGUCUGAUGGACUCUCCGGCUGCGUGUCACGCAUUGUAGCAGCUAAUGUUCUGUCUUGGAUAGAAGACAGUCUGGCAACACAAAGACAACCUGAGGGAGGGGGGAGAAACGUUUGCGUUCAUUUCCGGCAUAUAAUUUGCCAUCAUGGUGAACCAGGUUCAGCGAGGGGAUGGUAGUUGGCAGUCAAGCAAGAGCGACUCCAGCGGGGCCAGCAACAGCGGCGGGGAGAGCUCCAAGGACAGCUCCCGGUGUUCCACGCCGGUGCUCGAUGCAGACAGGUCGGACAGGCUGCGGGACAAGAUGCGGAAGAGGAUGGAGUCCGGAGACCGCUGGUUCUCCCUGGAAUUCUUUCCUCCCCGCACAGCCAGUGGAGCUGUCAACCUCAUCUCAAGAUUUGACCGUAUGGGCUCUGGAGGGCCCCUGUUCAUUGACAUUACUUGGCAUCCAGCAGGGGACCCAGGCUCAGAUAAGGAAACCUCCUCCAUGAUGAUUGCCAGCACAGCAGUCAACUACUGUGGCCUGGAGAGCAUCCUCCACUUGACCUGUUGCAACCAGACCAAAGAGAAGAUUACUGGCUACCUGGCCAAAGCAAAGCACCUGGGCCUGAAGAACAUCAUGGCACUAAGGGGAG